AUGAGCCAAAUCCUCACCCCUCGGCAAGCAGAGGAGCUGCAUAAGGCCAUCAUUGCGUACCUCUCCUCGAGCAAUCUCCCAAAUGCAGCAAAUGCACUCCGGGAAGAAUUGCAAAUCGGUGACACUUUCGAUGCCGCGACCUCGAAGAAAUAUGAGGGAUUGCUGGAGAAGAAAUGGACCAGUGUAGUGCGGCUGCAGAAGAAGAUCAUGGAACUCGAGUCUCGAAGUGCUUCCCUUCAAUCAGAACUUGACAGUGCGACACCGACCUCGCUAUCCCGACGAAACCAGGACCCCACCAGCUGGCUUCCACGUUCCCCCGCCCGACACACCCUGCAAUCCCACCGUGAUGCAAUUACCUGUGUCGCAUUCCAUCCCGUCUUUUCGUCGCUCGCCUCGGGAUCAGAAGACUACACCAUAAAAAUCUGGGACUGGGAGCUGGGCGAACUCGAGAGGACGAUCAAGGGGCAUACAAAGGCAGUGCAGGAUGUCGACUUUGGCGGGCCCCGGGGCGCCACUUUACUCGCCUCAUGCUCGAGUGAUCUGACGAUCAAGCUAUGGGACCCCUCAGACGAGUACAAGAAUAUCCGGACGCUACCCGGCCACGAUCACAGCGUCAGUGCAGUUCGGUUUAUUCCUUCGGGGGCUGCAGGCGCCACAGGAAACCUUCUCGUAUCGGCGAGUCGCGAUAAGACGUUGCGGAUCUGGGAUGUUUCAACGGGCUACUGCCUCAAGACACUACGAGGGCAUGCGGACUGGGUGCGGGACGUCUGCCCAUCGCCGGAUGGACGCUAUCUGUUAUCAGCAGGAGACGACCAGACGGGCCGCCUCUGGGAUAUCAGCGCCUCAAAUCCUGAAGUGAAAUUAAUGCUGGUCGGCCACGAGCACGUCGUCGUAUGCUGCACGCUGGCACCACCAACCGCUUACAGUCAUUUGGCAUCACUGGCUGGCUUGAAGAAGGCCCCGCCCGCCGCGAACACGGCCGAGUUCAUGGCAACGGGAAGCCGAGACAAGGCCAUCAGGUUAUGGGACGCUCGUGGAAACUGCAUUAAAACUCUUACGGGACACGAUAAUUGGGUACGUGCACUGGUCUUCCACCCCGGUGGCAAGUACUUGCUCAGUGUGUCCGAUGACAAGACUCUGCGGUGCUGGGAUCUGGCACAGGAGGGCAAGUGUGUCAAGGUUCUGGACGACGUUCACGGUCACUUCAUUUCUUGUUUGCGCUGGGCCCCUGGCAUUUCACGGGAGGCGGCUACGAACGGCGACGGAGCCAAUGGUGCCAACGGAACACCAAGCAAAGCGGCAGCAAAGCCUCAGGAUGUCUCAAUACGCUGCGUCAUCGCAACAGGAAGUGUCGACCUAAGAGUGCGCAUCUUCGCCAACUGA